UAAAACAACGCAAAGCGUAUUGUAGUGUUAGUUUGGAAGAUUUUACUAAUGCUAAGUCUCCGAAUGAGGGUUUCCAACGACGUGCUAACUAAAUUAAUUAUAAAUGCUUUAAUUACAUCGGCAAGCGGUUUAGUAGAAGAAUGCAGCUGUUUUCUGCUACACUAUUUGUAAUUAAAGCGAUUAUAUGGCUGCCCAUUGCGAUUUAUGUUCCGGCUCUAACAUUCAGCCAAAUUAGCGGAAUCGGAGUGCACACAAUCACCCCCAUUGUGAUCGUAAUAUGCACAUUCUAUACAACAGUGGGAGGUAUCAAGUGCGUAGUAUGGACAGAUGCCAUUCAGAGCUUGGUUAUGUAUAGUUCCCUGGUCGCAUUAAUUAUUAAAGGUACUUAUGAUGUAGGAGGCAUUACAAUCAUAUGGCAACGCAACCAACAAGGUGGUCGAUUGAAUACUCCAGAAAUUACUUUAGAUCCUACGGUACGCAUGAGCAUUAUUUCUGUUAUAAUAGGAGGUACAUUUUUUAAGCUUCAGAAUACCUCCAUAAACCAGCCGACAAUUCAACGGUUUAUGUCUCUCUCAUCAUUAAAAGCUGUAAAACAUACACUUUUUAUAUUUACUUUUGGCGUAAUUUUUCUUUAUUUGGGUUGCAUAUAUGUGGGUCUCGUAGCAUUUGCAACAUAUUUUAAAUGUGAUCCAAUCUCAACCGGCCUUGCAGAGGCUCGUGAUCAGCUGAUUCCAUUGCUGGUAAUGCAAGUGUUUGGCAAGUUUCCUGGUCUUCCAGGUCUUUUCGUAUCAGCCGUGUUUAGUGCUGCAUUAAGUUCCGUUUCAACUCUCUUAAACUCUUUGGCAGCAGUGUUACUGGAAGAUUUUAUUAAACCGAACGUUCGAAGUCCGAUCAGUGAAACUACGGUGGCUAUCGUUAUGCGGACCAUUGUAAUAGUUUUUGGUGUAAGUGCAAUUGGACUAGUAUAUAUUGUCGAAAAAAUGGGUAUGGUAUUGCAGCUAUCUGCUACUAUGCAAUCGAUUUCAUACGGACCUAUGUUAGGCAUUUUUUCUACUGGUGUAUUGAUGCCAUGGAUCUCAGAAAAGAGUGUUUUUGUUGGAAGCCUUGUCGCCGUCAUAUCCAUGGCCUGGAUAUGUAUCAAAGCUCAAAUGGCCAUUGUGACAGGCUCAUUUCGUCACACAAAAUUGCCGGUUUCCGUUGAGGGAUGUGACUACGAAUAUGAUAACAGUCGGUACCUGAAUUCUACGAAUGAAUACGAGGUUAAGAAUGGAAAUGCCAUACACCAUAUCUCUUUUCUGUUGUAUACAAUGCUGGGUGCUCUUAUCACCAUUGUAGUUUCAAAUAUCGCUUCACUUUAUUUUGGCCGAAAUAGGAUAUCUGAUGUGGAUGAAAAGCUAAUUGCCCCAUUCAUCGUCAAAUAUAUCCAAAAGCAGAGCUAUAAAAAUGUUCAAACAUCCGAGAAGCUUGAAAUGGAGGAAUCCGUUGGAUCACAGAAAGCUACGUAACUACGAGUACUAUCAACUUAAAAUCUAUGUACAAUCGUUUAAAUUUUAUUUCAAAGUACAUUCACUACAGUCUGAAAUAUAAGCAAAUAUGUAUGUAUGUAUAUAAAUAUUCAAAAGAGUAAAUGGAAAAAGUUACCACUUUUAGGUACAUUUGGUUCUCGUGGGUUCAGUCUCUUAAGAAUUUUCGUUCAAAAUGUUAAAAUUUCUUAACUCAAAAUUUAAUAAAAUAUUUAGAGAUUUUUAUUUCUGGUACUUACCUGGGUUAUAUUAAAUAACUUAUAACAAUUUAAAAGUGACUGUUCAAAACCAGUUUUGAAAUAAAAUCUAGAAGAAAUUA